AUGCGGAAAGAGCUUCAGUCAGAGCUCCGAUCUCAUCAGAGAAUUCAUACAGGGGAGAAACCCUAUCAGUGUGUGGAAUGUGGAAAGAGCUUCAGGAGGAAGGACAUUCUCACAUUUCAUCAAAGAAUUCAUACAGGGGAGAAACCCUAUCAGUGUGUAGAAUGUGGAAAGAGCUUCAGUCACAGCUUCAGUCUCACUUCCCAUAAGCGAAUUCAUACAGGGGAGAAACCCUAUCAGUGUGUGGAAUGUGGAAAGAGCUUCACUCACAGCUACAGUCUCACUUUCCAUCAAAGAAUUCAUACAGGGGAGAAACCCUAUCAGUGUGUGGAAUGUGGAAAGAGUUUCAGGAAGAGGUCCGAUCUCACUUCCCAUCAAAGAAUUCAUACAGGGGAAAAACCCUAUCAGUGUGUGGAAUGUGGAAAGAGCUUCACUCAUAGCUCCUCUCUCACUUCCCAUCACAAAAUUCAUACAGGCGGAAAACCCUAUCAGUGUGUGGAAUGUCGAAAGAGCUUCACUCACAGCCACAGUCUCACUUUCCAUCAAAGAAUUCAUACAGGGGAGAAACCCUAUCAGUGCGUAGAAUGUGGAAAGAGCUUCACUCAUAGCUCCAAUUUCACUAGGCAUCAGAGACUUCAUACAGGGGAGAAACCCUAUCAGUGUGUGGAAUGUGGAAAGAGCUUCACUCAUAGCUCCUCUCUCACUUCCCAUCACAAAAUUCAUACAGGCGGAAAACCCUAUCAGUGUGUGGAAUGUCGAAAGAGCUUCACUCACAGCCACAGUCUCACUUUCCAUCAAAAUAAUUCAUACAGGGGAGAAACCCUAUCAGUGCGUAGAAUGUGGAAAGAGCUUCACUCAUAG